UAAAAUUAGACAUAUUUUACAGAUUUCCGGCAAAAACAAUCGUGAAAUAUUUACCAAAUGAAUUGAUUUUAGAUUUGAUUUGCCUUAUUUUCAGGCUCACUAAUGAGAACAGUGUUUUUAUUACCAAAAUAUCUUGCAAAGUGCGCAAAAUAAAGUAUGAAUUUGCUUUUCGAAUGAGGUCAAAAUUCGGCACAUUUUCGUGACAAUUGCAUGAAAAGCUUUCAUGAUAUGAAUGGUGUCAAUGGGUUUUAAGUCGGUUAAAUUUCAUUGAUAAUCUAUAUUUAAUAUUGUACAUGUAUUUUUAACGCAUAUUCAGUGUGACGUAUGUUUGACAUGUGUUAAAUGUGAUUACAUCGAAUCGUUAAUUGGUGUUUUGAUCAGCUGCGAGAUGAUCGCCUAGGAAUAUUCCUCUAUUGAUCAGAGUAACAAAUAAAUCGGAACAGGAAAGGUGGGAAAGAGUCAUCACCAGGAAAUAUUGUAGAAAAAAUAUCAUCUGAUUAGCCUAGAAUGUCAGUUUACACUCCUAAAGAAAACCAUUUAGUUAAACAACGGUUUGGUUCUAAAAAUCAAGAACUCGAUUCCUUUGGAAGAUUUAGUGAAACAAAAUAUUUUGAAGGAAUUGGAAGUAUGGAAAAAGCAAUGACACCAUUUGAAGGUUCAAAUACAGCAGAUGAGACAAUAUCAGACAACAUAGGUGGUCUGCCAGAAGUUUUAAAUAGAUUUUAUGAACAAGGAAUGAACAGUUUAGACACCGAGUUGACAAGCCAAAUUUUAUCCUCCAUUAGAAACAAAUUAACUUCCAGCAUGAAUCAUUCACCUGAAACAUCAAAAGAACAAGAUGUAUCUGAAUUGACUUUAAUUAAACAGGAAAUCCAAGAGGACUUUGUUAAUUAUAAUGAUAGUUUUGAUAAUGAGCUUUCGUAUCCCCAAACUUCACAGGCAUAUCAUCAGAACCCGGUGAACCAUUACUCAGCCUCUUCAUUAGAAUCCUGCUCAUCUAAUGUUAGUCCAGACUCCUCUCUUAAUCCAUCAUAUGCCUCAUCUGCGUCAGCGUCGCCCAAGGAAUUGCUACAAUUUGGAUUUGCCGAAACAGAUUUUGGCCAGUCAGAGCAAGCGGUCAGUUGUGACUCUACACAGACUGCUUCAGGCACUGGAGGAGCGAAAUUUAAACAGGCUUCAAAGCAGACAAAUUUGCUGCCACCAUGUAGGGUGUGUGGAGAUAAAGCAUCUGGUUUCCAUUACGGAGCUAACACAUGUGAAGCUUGCAAGGGAUUUUUUAGAAGAAGCUUGAAGAAGGACAGACUUGAUUUCAAAUGUAACGGUUCAAAUAAGUGUGAGAUUCAAAAGGGUAGACGAAAUAAUUGUCCCAUGUGUAGGUACAACAGAUGUCUUAAUGCAGGAAUGUCAAAACAAGCCAUUAAGACAGGAAGAUAUACACAUGAAAAGCGGACACAGGACAUUGUCGAGGUGAAAACUUUAAAGGGAGAACUCGGUCCACAUUUCCUUCAGCCAUCUUUUAUCAAAGUAGAAUAUCCACCUAAAAGUGCAGCCAAGAAGACACUGAGUACAGAAAAUCGACAAUUGUUAGAUUGUAUCUACUCCGCUCAUAAGCAAAUUUUUCCAUUUUGGCAUAAAGUUCUUGACUCUGGAUCUCAUCAAAUAAAGUCAAGAAAACAUGCGGAGCAGUAUAGGAUUAAGACAAUUUUGAAAUCUGAAACAUCAAGUAUGGUGUCCGAGGAGUGCAAUAAUGUCAACACUGAAAGUAUGGUGGAGGAGGAUGAACGUAAAAAUACAAUAGAUACCGUCACAAAGCACAUAGAGAUCUCAAUUAUGGCGUUUGUCAGAUAUGCAAAGUCUAUCCCAGGAUUCACAGAUCUUACUCUCAAUGAUCAGGCAGCUCUUGUCAAAUUGUCAAGGUUUGAAAUCUGGAUGAUUGGGGCUCAUAAGUUUAUGGAUUAUGAUCUGAAGGUGGUAUCUGGGCCACGUGGGAACUCGUACCAUAUGGAAGAGCUUGCUGAUGUCAUGGAUAAAGAUUUUGUUAGCUCUCUCUUCAACUUCGCUCAAUCAAUGCAAGAUAUCAAACUGACCAAUGAAGAGACAGCUCUGCUUAAAUGUGUAGCCCUCACUUUUGCAGAUCGUAGUGAGCUACAAGAGCCGGAUAAAGUGGAAGCUAUUCAGCUGAGACUGACCAACUGUUUAGAAGAGUUGCUAGGAGACGGUCAGAGGUUUGCUAAGGUGAUGAAUGCCCUGAUUCGUCUGAGAGAUCUAACCGAGUGGAAUAAAACUAUCUCUGAAAACAUGGUUCUAGAAUGGCCAAAUAUGAAACAGCAUCCUUUAUUACUGGAAAUCAUGUCAGUUUCAUAAUGGAAUACAGAAUUAUUUUUGUUUUGAUAUUUUUACUCUGGAUCAAUUUCUUUAUAUAGUUAGUAAGAUUUGAACUAAUUAGCACUUUUUGCAGGAUAUUUUAUGUAUGUUUAAAUGAAGAGUAAGAAAUCAUACAUGGUAGGAAUCUUGAAUGAAGGCAAGAAUUCAAGUUUGAUUGAAGAAACCUGAUGAAAGAAGGGUUUAGUUCUUUUUUGUGCAAAAUGAUAUUCAGGGUAACGUUUAAUUAACAUAGCAAUGAUAUUUAUAUUGGUAUGUGUGAAUGUUAUAAGUCUGUAAGGUAUGUAAUCUUGAAUUACAUACGAGGCUUACAGGAAAUCAUAAAUUUGCAAUAGUAUACUAUUAUUUUAAAGUGGCAUUUAAUUAAUGCAUGUCUUUAAAAUGCUGUUUGUGUAUUAUGUAUCUGUUUUGUUUGUUAAACAUAUUGUUUUUCAUUUGACAAUCAAGAGAAGGUUUCCUUCUUUAAAGUAAGUGUUUGCCCGUAACAUUAACAAAUAUUGCAUAUAUAAUUUCGUUGUUUUGACAAGGUCUCAACUAUAAGCAGUUUACAUACAUAUUCAUUAUUGUAUGUGUAUUGAAAUUGUGUAAUAGAAAAGUGUGUUUAUUUUUCUUAAUUGUGUUCUGAUGAAAAAUUUAUUUUUCCUUUAAAAUCAGGGUAAAGAAACAUGUGCAUAUCAUGUCAUAUUGUUUGAUCUCUUUCAUUUACUAUCACAUGUACAAUAUUUGUAAUAUAGUGUUCUCAUUUUCUUAGUUUAUGAUAUUUAUAUUACUAUAUUAUGUUGAAUUUUCUUUGUUAAGUGUCUGUUAUGUUAAAGUGACAAUAUGCUGAUCCAUAAGAUAAGAUGUAACCAUCAAAGAGUAAUUUUAAGAUAUGAUGUAACCAUCAAAGAGUAAUGUUAAGAUACAUGUAAGAUGUAACCAUCAAAGAGUAAUGUUAAGAUAAGAUGUAACAAUCAAAGAGUAAUUUUAAGAUAAGAUGUAACUAUCAAUGAGUAAUGUUAAGAUAAGAUGUAACAAUCAAAGAGUAAUGUUAAGAUAAGAUGUAACCAUUAAAGAGUAAUGUUAAGAUAAGAUGUAACCAUCAAAGAGUAAUGUUAAGAUAAGACGUAACCAUCAAAGAGUAAUGUUAAGAUAAAAUGUAACAAUCAAAGAGUAAUGUUAAGAUAAGAUGUAACAAUCAAAGAGUUAUGUUAAGAUAAGAUGUAACUAUCAAAGAGUAAUGUUAAGAUAAGAUGUAAUCAUCAAAGAGUAAUGUUAAGAUAAGACGUAACCAUCAAAGAGUAAUGUUAAGAUAAAAUGUAACAAUCAAAGAGUAAUGUUAAGAUAAGACGUAACAAUCAAAGAGUUAUGUUAAGAUAAAAUGUAACAAUCAAAGAGUAAUGUUAAGAUAAGAUGUAACAAUCAAAGAGUUAUGUUAAGAUAAGAUGUAACUAUCAAAGAGUAAUGUAAUGCUAAGAUGUAACCAUUAAAGAGUAAUGUAAUGAUAAAAUUUAACCAUCAAAGAGUAAUGUAAUGCUAAGAUGUAACCAUCAAAUAGUGACUUUAAUAAAGUAUUUGGCAAUGAAAAGUUGAAAUAUAAGAUGUAAUUGUCAAAGAAUAAUGUAAUGAUGUAAUCAACAUAGCAAACUUUAAUGAUAAAGUCAUCAAAAAGUAAUUUAAUCCUGUAUUUGAAAUGAUAAAAUGAAGUUAUCAAGGAGAAAUUUAUAUAAUGAUAUAAUGAUGUAGUCAUUAAAGUGAAAAAUGAAUUUAUCAAAGAAAAAUUUAAUGAUAAGGUGUAUUCAUCGAAGAAAUGUAUUAGUAGUAAAAUGGUUACAAUUAGUUAACAAAAAUGAAUUUGUUACAGUAUAGGUAAAUGAAAUGAUUGGAGGUAGUCAUCCGAUAUAAAUGAGAUAAUAUGAAGUAGUCAUAAAAGAUUAAUAUAAUUUAGUCAAUAUAUAGGAGCAUAACUUUUAAUGAAAGUCAUUAAAGAUGAAUUAAAUCUUUAAAUGUAGCAAUAUGAUAAUAUGUAGUCAAUAUUUAUGGAUAUUAUUAUAUGAUGUAGUCAUAAAGGAGGAUUAUACUAACAAGAUUUAGUCAUUAAUGAUAAUAACACUAAUGUGAUGUAACCGUUUAGUAUUAUGAUUGCAUGUGACCAAUGAAAGAGAAUUUUUUUUAACAUAUUUAAUCAGAUAUUUUUAUUAUUAUUAUAAUUAUAAUGCUAUAAUCCAAAACUCUGUAUUUUUAAUUUAAACCGGUGUCUUCUUUAAGUUUUAGAUUUUGAAAUAUUGCAGCCCAAAGUUUUUACAGGAAAUAUAUUAUCAUGUAUAUGAGAAUAUUUGUAUAUGUUUGUAUUGAAAGUUGUUUAUAUCCAAAUCCUACAAGUUAUUUGCAACAUCUUCAGAAGAAUUUCAUUGCCCAUUUUCUUUGAAAGGGAGAGUGCACGAUAGGAGAUAGAUUUAACUUUGGGAAUCUACUUGCUAUUAAAGUGUGACCAUUUAACCAGAAAUGCUGACAUGGAAAAUUGUUUAAUAUACUGCUUAUAUUCCAACUUAUAUAAGGGAUAGUCUGUCUGCUAACAAAAGCUGUGGUAUAACAGGGCUUCCACUAGGAAUUUUUUUUAGGAAGUCAGGACUUCCUUUCAAGGAAUUUUGGAAGUCAUGAGGUAAAUUUCUGGAAGUCAGUUGUUCUUACGCGUAUAAUUUUCAUGUUUCAAUGUUUGAUUUAUAGUAUGGGAUGAUACAAGUAAAAGCAAUUAUUUUAAUCACAAGAUUCUAAAAAUGUCAUUCCUUUUAAUGUUUUAAGUUCAAAGUAUCUUUACAUGAUUGUUGGGUAAAUAUUUUCAAUAGAAGUAAGAACAUUACCCUGAAAAGGACUGUAUUGUUGUUAUUUAAGGACAGUGGUAACCGUGUAGAACGUGAUAACAUACAAAUAAUUGCUCAUUGGUGUAACAAAAAAAAAAUAUUUCCAGAAAACUUUUAAUUCUUAUACUAUAAGCAUCACUUAUUAUGUUCAUUUUUUCUAAACGAAAUACAAUGUAUUGACUGCCAUUUAAGUUUUUCAUUAAGAAUACUUUCUGGUUUUGUUCAUAAUUCCUGUUUCAUAUACAUGAAGUGUACAGUAAAUACAUGUAGUUUAAUGUCUUAUAGAAAACCGUGCUUAGUGUUUUCUUUUUCUAGAAAAAGCCUGGUUUAAUCUUAUGGAGCAGGGAUCCAAUAACCUAACUUUGCAUUCCUUUAUACAUUUGUACAUUGUUUAUUGUAAAAGUUUAGCACAUCAUAGUUCACUUUCUUUAUUUACUAUGUGCUUCAAUUUGUGUUUUCUGUAUGUAAUUAAAACCUGCCUGCAUAAUAAUUCAAUUUGUAUUAAAUUAGAAAAAGCAUGAAUGUGAUAAAAAAAAUGAUAUAAAAUUUGUGCCUUUUUUCAGUCCUUUUUUUAUACACAAAAGCAUUCCAAAAUUACGGGAAAAGCAGUUUACCAAAGAUGAUUUUCUUGUGAUGAUUGUACAUAAUUUAUAUGGGAUGUAUAUGUCUCUCUUGUUAUAAUUUCUAUUGAUAGUAUAUUUUGAUAUAGUUUAUGAUCAUUAUUGACUUGUUAUUGAAAUCUGAUAUAUAUAAAGUUAUUUUAUAUUAAUGGCAUUUCUUAUUUAACCCUUAACCGUAGUUGUGAGUAGCUUGACGAUCAACAGCCAGGUCAACCUGCACAUCUAGGCAGGCUGACCUGGUUCGUUACUUUUUCACUGACAUGAUUUUAUGUUCAUUUAAAUAUCCUGAAGAUGGAUUAUAAAUUGGACAGUAUCAGAAAAAGGAAGUUAUGGUAAAUAGGUUUAUUUAACAAACUUGGCAGGUUAUGGGUUAAAUUGAUGUGUUGUUGUUUUUUUUUACCAAUAAAACAAACUGAAUAUUGGUGAGUGUAUCUAUCCGUGGUUUCCGUUUUAGAAAAUCAUUGCUAGACUUUUAAGAUGGUGAAAACAAUGUGAUAUAUAAAUUUAUUAUAUACAUGUACUUAUAAAUGAAAUAUUAAGAAAUGUUGAUGAAAUAAAAAUGUAUAUUUUCAUUUUUCAUAUUUUCACUGUAAAAAUUUAUUUUUCACUUCAGUGAAACAAUUGUUUUUGGUAUUUUCACUGGUGUUUUGCUGGACUACUUUGUUCUGAGUUCAGCCUAUACAAAAUAUUUAAGGGGAAGUCUUUCAAAUGGCAAUAUAAAAAAAAGGAAAAUGUAUAUAAUUAACAAAAAAAUUAAGUUUUUUCUAUAAAUACAGGAUUUAUUUUCAUCUUGUACUAUGAAAAUUAUCAUAUUUCACUCAAGGCUACUGUUUCUCAUGAAAUAUUUAUUUUCAUACCAAUAGAUAAAAAUAAAUCUAGUAUUUAUAGGAAAAAAACUUAAAUUUCCUGUAAUAACUAUGUACUGAAUAAAUAAAUUGACUAAGGCUGUUUUAUUAUAAAAUCUAUAAAUACAUAUAGCUUUUAUAUUGCUCAUUUAGGAUUUCCAGAAUGUUUAUUUUUAUGAAAAGAAACUGUUGAAAAUGCUCUGAUAAGGACCUGUUAAUAUUUUUACUAAACCAAUACAAUGGAAGGCAUUUCAAUCUAUUUAUAGAUUAAAUGAAAAUUUUCUAUAUUUGAUAAUUGCUUAAAGUCCAGUGUCACAAUUUGUUUUAGUUUUGCUGUAAAGUGAUCCAAUGUCUGACUGCUGGCUCUUAUUGUUUUUGUUUUUUUAAUUUUCUCAGCUUUUUUUAUGCUGUUUCUGGAAAAAGUCUGAUUAUAUCCACUAGUUUAGAUAAGUUAUGAGCCAGUGUGGAAGACCACUGUAAUCGCCAUGUUAGACCAUAUACAUGAUUAUAUAGAAAAUACAGCUGUCAUUUAAGGCUAAUAUUCUUACUUUCCUUACUGACUUUUGUGAUGCUGUAAAAGACCACAUUCUGAAUGAUUCACAUAUUAAUGUAAAAAAUAUUUGGAAAAUUUAGUCUUGUAAAUCAAACAGUUUGGUUUGUUUUUGUACUUUUGAUUUUUCAAUGCCAUAUCUAUUGUCUAUGUAAAAGUAGGUUGAACAGAUAAAAGUUGAAAAUUUCCACUCUGGCUGUGAAUGUAUGGCUAUAUGAGGAUGACAUGGGAAACUAUCCUUAAGGUCAAAGCCUAGUCUUAACAUUUUGAUUGCUUACAAGAUAUAUUAGGGGAAGUAACUACUGUCACAUUUUGUCUAGGUCAUAUUUUUCUAGUCUUUAUUUGCAUAUCUAAAUACAAUACAGUUCCUAACUGAGCUAGCUUAGGAAAGGUCAGUGGUUUCUACACAGGUGCCCACUUGUGCCUGAUAUAAUAUAUAAAAGGGGCACUUCAGGUCUUCUCCCAUCAGUAAAGCUGGAAAGUCUCCAUUAGACCUUUACAGUACUGUUGGUGUGAUUUUUAUCAUACUUUAUAUUUUAACAGACUUGUCCUUGUUCGAUCUGGAUAAAAUCAGUUAUCAUUUUGAGGGAAAAUUUUGAUAUAUAUACUGACUGAAUAGGAAACAGUGCAGACCAUGACCAGAAGGCCAAGCUAUGCUGACUGACCUUGAUCUGCACUGGAUGCAUGGGUGUAAUCAAUUGUCACUAAUUGGACUAAUAGCUAAAGCCUUAUUUAAUCAAAAGGAAAAUACACUUAAUACAUCACAACAUUAAUGUCCAUAUAACCAUAUGUAUACAUGUUUGAUCUUCAGCCAAGUUGCAAAAAAUUAAUGUCACCUACUAAGUUGCCGCACAUUUUUUAGCUUGAAGCUAAAAGCUUAUUUGAACUCUAGAAAACCGUUGUUACUGGAUCAAAGAUCCAUGGGUUUAGAGCAAAUACUUUGACCAUACAGCCUACACUCCCUUUUUAAUAUCACACAAACAAUAGCUUAAACUUGUGUCAUUUAUUUUCAUUCCAUACAUGUGUAUAUAUUAAAUAUAACAUGAACAUGUAUUUCCCAAACUUGUGUAGUUUACUUACAGUGCUUUGUUUACUGAAACAUUGUCUAAUGUGAAAAAUGAGGUUAACUUUUACCGUUAUCUCUCCGUUUUAUCAGGGUUUAUACAUUGCUUAAAACUUUUUUAUACAUAUCUAAUGAAAUAACGUCACUGAUAUUUCAGUUCAGGGUCAACAAAGACUUCCCUAUCUCUUGAUGUUUAAUUGGGUUACCUAAUAAAGUAUUAAUAUAUAUACUGUAUGUAAUAAUGUUAAAGGGACUCCACUGAGGUUUAAAAGCCUAAAAACAUAACAUUUUAAUUUCUUACAUAAAUGAGCUGGGGCGCACUUUAAACAGAAAUAUAUGUAAAGAUAGUUAAGAAAUAUACUUUGAAAUAAAUUGAAAAUCAUAUUUUUAUGCUUUCCUUGGCCCUAUUUGAGUAAAAAAUGUUUAAAUGCUUUUCAUUUUGGGUCAUUUUUUACAAUUUGAAUAAUUAUUCUGGAAGAACGAAGUGCGUGAAUGAUCUGAAAUUUUGCACAAAGAUUAGUGGUCUAAACCAGACUGAGUACAUCAAAUGGUACAUUUAUCUGGAAAAAAUAUUUUCAGUCCCAUCAUGUCAAAAAACCUCAGUGGAGUCCCAUUAAAAUAGGGUAUUGCUAUUUGUAUCUUUAUCAAUAUACAAAGUAAUGCUGUUUUUUGUAAUGUUAACUUUCAUUUGACAACCUGAUGUUUAAUUAUACUAUCUAUAUACACAGCUGCAGCAAUAUUAAAAGGACUUAAAAUACUGAAAAAUAUUUUUAUGAGUUUUCUUUUCCAUUUGCAGUUCCAAAUUCAAUGCAAGAUAAGUUUAUUACUCAAUUUAAGUAUUGUAAUGGUUAAAAGUUACUUUAUAUGUACUUGCUGGAAAUCUUCAAAUCGAGAAUAUGGUAACUUAAUAUAUUAAACUUUAGGCUUUGUUAUUUUAGUUGUUACAUUUGCUUGGAGAUAUAAAUGUUUACCAAGACUGUACUUUCCUGUCAAAUUAAAGAUUUUGUACAUUUUAUUUUCAUUGCAAAUACAAUUUAAACCCAUCUUUAUGUAACAGUAUUUGUUAUGGGGAAAAGUGGGAUUGAAGGAUUUUGUUGAAAUUAAAAGUUUGAUUAUUUGAUUUUUGCCAAAUGAUAUCGUGUUUACCUUUUGUGUCAAUUGUUAUGUAUAUGAUCUAGUGUUUAAUAACAGGUUUAAUUGUACAUGUACUAAAAAUAUUCAUAUGUAUGAAAAUGAAUUAAAUGAUUGCAAAAAUACUGUAACUAAAGAAGAUACACAUUUUUUCCAACAAAUUCUUUAUACACAAUGAAUUUUCAAGGAAUUCUGUUUUAUUUCUGUGUGUAAUUUAGUAAACUUAAUCAUGCUUUGUAGAAUUUGUUCCAGAUUUCUGGUCUGGUAGCACUAAAUUCUGAUGAAAAUAUUUUACACUAUCAUUGGGCUGGAUAUACAUUCCAGUGAAAUAUACAUUUUUAUUGUUAGUGUGUAUGGGUUAUUAUUUUUUGUUGUUGUUUCACAUUUGAUAGGCGAAAUAAUUUCUAUGAAAUAUUAUUUUUGUUUUGUUCAUACUUAUAAUAUGACAAUCAAAAUAAAUUCUCAC